AUGAACAGGGCGAGAACGAACCUCGCCACGCCUGCCCCCGUGGCGGCCCCGUCCAAGGGCAAGUCAGCAGUGGCGCAGAACCCUAGGGGCCACUAUGCUGCAACCAACGCCCCGUCGGAGACGCCGUACAAGGGCAAGUCGGCAGCGGCGCACGCCGCGGCCGUGGGCCCUCAUCCUCCCACCACAACUCCCCUGGCGGCGACGCCGUUGCGUCCGCCACCACCCUCGAGCGCAAGCGUCGGGUCUUCCAGAGCAACCCCACUUCCAGAAACUGUUGCACUUGUGGAUGACAUUGCUGUGGAAUAUGUCACUGAUCUGAAUCUAGAGAAAUACAGUGACUUCAUAGUCUGCCAAGCUGCCUGCAGGAUCUAG